AUGAUUUCCCUUACUAAAGCAUACGAAGAAGGAAAUCUCGAACGUAUUAAAUCUCUUAUAGAAAGUUGUAACUAUAAAGUAGAAUCUUUAGGUUUACCACUCAUUUUUGCAUCACAAAAUGGUCAUCUUGAAGUUGUUAAUUAUCUUAUCUAUAUUGGAGCUAAUAAAGAAGCAAAGGAUUAUUAUAGAUGGACUCCACUCAUUUGGGCAUCAAUUAAAGGUCAUCUUGAAGUUGUUAAAUAUCUUAUCUCAGUUGGAGCUGAUAAAGAAUCAAAGAAUUAUAAUGGAUAUACUCCACUCAUUUGGGCAUCAGAAGAAGGUCAUCUUGAAGUUGUUAAAUAUCUUAUCUCAGUUGGAGCUGAUAAAGGAUCAAAGAAUGAUGGUGGAUGGGCUCCACUCAUUUGGGCAUCAAUUAAAGGUCAUCUUGAAGUUGUUAAAUAUCUUAUCUCAGCCGGUGCUGAUAAAAAAGCAAAGAAUAAUAAUGGAAUGACUGCCCUUGAUGUUGCAAAAAGUUCUGUGAAAAAUACUUAUUGA